AAACCCUUGUGGUAUCAACGAUGCUCCAACUAUCAAUUCUUGAGCGACAUGAACUUUGAGGGACCAAAUUGGUGAUUUAGUGUUUCAAAACAAAACCCUUGUGCUAUCAACGAUCCUCCAACUAUCAAGAUCGGUAGCCUCUAACUUGAAACAUUUCCGUCAACGACAGCGGGACCAUCAAGGCGCACGACGCGGUGCUUGAUCGGAGAUGCAACGGUGUGGGGGACUGGCCAUUGCAUAAUCGAAAAACAGGAUGGUGGAUUUUAGAGAUGGAGCUCACAAGUUUUCUCAUUGUCUUGUUGCUAUUGGAAAUCUCGGGCUUCGGCUAAUAUGGUACUUUCUGCAAGUAAUUGUCAGCACAUGGUAUUUCGUAUCAGCCAUGGUUAGUUUGUUUGAAAGCUAUUUCAUCUCUUAUGGAGUAUUGAAGAAAUACAAGUCUGUUCAUAUAGGAAAACUUGGGUCUCUUGCCAUUGUCAUAGAAAGUGAAGAUGCUCAUCAGACGUCAAAAGUUGUUAAACUUCUGCAGUGGCUGGACUCUAUCGGUGUAAAAUAUGUGUGCCUCUAUGACAUGAAUGGAGUGUUGAAGAAGUCCAAGGAAGCCAUAUUUCAAAAAUUGAAGAAUGCAAAAUCCAUAGAGGGAGUUAAUGAAGCUGUCACGCACCAUGUUCCGGAUCACAUGACAUUGGAAUUUAUUUCUUAUGUGGAUGGGAAGGAGGCAGUGGCCAAGGCAGCUAACUUGACUUUUGAGGAGAAUUUGAAACGACAUAAUUUGGGUGGAGAACUCGAUGGUCAAAUCUUGUUAGAGCAGCAACUGAAUGAAGCAUUGCAAAUAGUUGGUGGCAAAGGCCCAGAACCUGACCUUUUACUGGUUUAUGGACCUGUGAGGAGCCAUCUUGGUUUUCCUGCAUGGAGAAUUCGGUAUACAGAGAUUGUGCAUAUGGGAUCAUUGAAUUCAAUGAGAUACGGUUCCUUAAUAAAAGUUAUUCACAACUACACGAAAGUGCACCAAAAUUAUGGUACAUAGGGGAGAAAUUUGAAGGUAUUGACUGGGCAAGUACAUACAUAGGCGGCGGGAAGGGUUAAAAAAUAUCUAGCUAAAUAUCUUUGUGGAGGAAGAGCUUUCUCACUAGUUAUGUUUAGAUAUGUCAUGAUGAGAUAUAGCAUUGCAAGUCAUGAUUUAGUAUCACUCAUAAUUGAUUUUUUAGUAUGAUUCUUAUA